UCAGUCUGUAUUAACUGUCUGUCUUGUUGCAUAUUAAUCUGCAACUGAUCUCGGAGGACUUGACCCACCAUGGAAAUUUCAUUUACAGGCAAACGAGCUGUGGUCACCGGAGCAGGAAAAGAGAUUGGCAGGGCCACGGCUCUGGCUCUGGCACGCUGUGGGGCAAAGGUCACAGCGGUCACACGCACGCAGGCUGACCUCGACAGUCUGCUGCAGGAGUGUUCCUCCAUGUGUGUCCAUGUGUGUGUAGACUUGGCAGACUGGGGGGCCACGGAGGCGGCCCUGCAGGACGUCGGCCCCGUUGAUCUGUUGGUGAAUAACGCCGCCUAUUACUAUCUGCAGCCCCUUCUGGAGGUCACGCCCGACCAGUUUGACCAGUCGUUCAAUGUGAAUGUGAAAGCUGUGCUGCAUGUCUCUCAGAUAGUGGCCCGUGAUAUGAAGGCCAGAGGAUCAGGAGGCUCCAUCGUGAACGUGUCCAGCCUGGCUGGACUGAGUGCUCUCAAAGACCACGCUGUCUACUGUGCCACUAAAGGAGCCCUGGACAUGCUGACUAAAGUGAUGGCUCUAGAGCUGGGACCUCACCAGAUCCGAGUGAAUAGUGUGAACCCCACAGUGGUGAUGACUGAGAUCUGUCGCCUGAAAUGGAGUGACCCCGAAAAAGCCAAGACCAUGAUGUCCCGCAUCCCCUCAGGCCGUUUCGCAGAGGUGGAGGACGUGGUGAACAGCAUUUUAUUCCUGCUGAGUGAUAAGAGCAACAUGACUAACGGAGUCUCUCUGGCGGUGGACGGAGGCUUCCUGGCCUGCUGAUCAACACGAUGCCUCGUCUCAGCACACCGCCCAUCUGCUUCCUGUCUCAUCACCUCACUGCAUUAUACAAACAGAGGUCAAUUUGAUUCAGUCAUUAAACAACCAACCUAACUAACUUUUCUUUAUUUGUGCUGAUUUAUAUGUGAUAUUGGAGCAUGUUUCUGUGAUAUUUAUGUAAAGGAGUAUUAUUGGUGUCUACUGUACAGAGGGCUUAACAAGUUUGCAGAUGAGGUUAUAGAAACAAGUCUGAGUAACAGUGAUGUAGGGUUUUAUUUACGAAUAUCAUAACGGCUGAGGCACCUGCAGAAUUCUGUAUUUGCAUUGCAAAACGUGGUAUUUAACUGCUAAUACUAGUAAAGUAAAAGUAGACAGUAUGGUCAUGAAAUAAGAGGAAUUUACUGGAAUUAUUUUAAUUCUACCUACCUACCCGUGCACUCAUUGCGCAUCAUAGAAGUCUUCCACAAGCUGCUAGAAUAUUUAAAAUCUAGCAUAUUUAAUCAAUAUUAAUCUUUCUAAAUUAAGCCAUAAUCUACCAAUUUCAAAGAAGAGAUAUUCUCGUGACACAUGUACUUUAUGUUUGACUGACAAGCCUCAUUAUACAAUAUAUUAGUUUGUGCCAGUUUGGAGAAACAGAUUAAUUAAACAAUACUAAAACAUUACUCAAACACUGCUAAAUUUGAAUACUAUAAACAAAGAUUUCCUUCCUAA